CGUUUUUGGCAGCGUAUAACAAAGGAUUCCUCGAAACGAGCCAGUCGUGCGAAUCAUGUCGUCUGAUUUUUUCAUUUUCUUUCCCGAUUGUAUCGUCGUCAUGGAAUAGCACGUAAGCCCAUGAGGGCAAAGGAUUGUGAGGAUUAAUUACUGACGCCGGCCCCUAUCGCUGCUUCCCUAGCGUGAAACCGCCCCACGCCGGGUCUGUGCGGGGCUGUAACCUCCUGGAACAAACAUUUGGCUGUCGCGACUGUCCAUCGAGCUGUGAUUAGGUCAAUUUCAAAGAGAUAAGAAGAGCCUGACAGGUUGCUACCUUGGGCAAGACACCAAGUCUACCCACAAACAAACCAUUGCGAGACAUCAUGGCUUCAUUUGCAGGAUAAUUCCUCUCCCAGGCAGGGACAAAAUUCUCACACAAUUCAUCGGCAGAAGCAACAAGGAGCUAGCUUCAUUUCAACGCUAUAACCGACUCACAAGGUAGAACCAGCCAUGUCCCAGCAAGACGCGGACGCGGGCGCGCCCGUCCCCAUCGGCAACGCGCCCAACGUCCAAGACUUUGCCGUGCCAUCGGUCUCCAACAACGCGGCAAAUCCGUCUCGCUCGUCCUCAACGAAGUCACACAAGAUUCCGCCACAGCCCGUCAGCGCCCCUGAGUUGCCGACCGAACCUGCCCGAGUCCACUAUGAUCUUCAUGUCAACACCAAUGAGGCCGAGUUUGUCCGCAAGGCUUCGGGCCCAGCCCGGUCAGACACGCAGCUCUCUUACUCGCCCAUGACGAUACGCCGUCGUGACCGCGCCAUGACCUUCCGCAACGUCGAGGACUUUGAGGAUUACGAGCUACGGACGGGUUGGCACCCAGGAGCCGAGCCGGGAGUCGAUCCGCGCAAGCCCAACGGCGGUCAUGAUUCAAUGCCGAACCUGGAACACCCGUGUCAGAUCACGGUGGUGGACUUUUCGCAGUCGCACAUGGAGCAGCAUCGUCUCGACAAUGCGAGUCUGGUGAGCUUCCUGGACAAGCCGCAGCCCAAGUGGUCAAAGUGCCGCUGGAUCAACGUGAAUGGACUCAGCUGGGACGUCAUAUCUGCGCUGGGGAAGCACAAGAAUCUCCACAGGCUGGCCAUUGAGGAUAUCAUGAACACGCGGAACCGCACCAAAGCGGACUGGUACGCCAAUCAUGCUUUUAUCAUCCUCAGCCUGCAGAAGCUUGUCCACAUCGAGGAUAGCGACAGUGAAAGUUCCGACGACGACACGGAUAGUGAUGCGGGUGACACGAGCUCUAUAGGAAGCAAGAAAAAACUGCCCCAGAAGAUACGACGUUGGUGGUCUAAAAAAGCGGCCAAAAGCGACGAAAAGAUUUCGUCUAUGAAGUCUAUGGAAAACGGGCUCGGUCUUGGCGGUCCAGAGCUCAAGAAGCAGUCGACAGGAUUCUCGGAAAAGUCAGAGCCCAACACCCUUCGGACCUUGCAGCGAUACCAUGGUGCCAAUGAUGUUCGGAACGACUUCAUGGAGAAGUUUUCCGUCCUGGCCGAGAGGAAACUUGCCGUAGUGGCCGAGCAAGUGUCCCUGUUUGUGACUAAUGAUAAUACGAUAAUUUCAUUCUUUGAAUUCUCUGCCCAGCAGGUUGAGGAGCCUAUUUUGGUUCGCCUCAGUACAGCAGAUACCGUCUUACGACAGUCGUGCGAUGCCUCCAUGAUUGGACAAGCUCUGCUGGAUGCAAUCAUUGACUUGGCAAUCCCACUCACAGGGAUAUAUGCCGACGUGAUUGGGGAUCUGGAACUUGACGUGCUCACGAGGCCUAAUAUUUCUCACACCAAGAAGCUCUACAUUACAAUCGGCGAGCUGAACAAGAUAGUCAGCUUUGUGCAUCCUAUAAUAUCCUUGAUUAAUUCGCUACGGGAUCACAAGUCAGAACUCCUACAUGAAUUCGCCGCGACUGAUUUGCAAAACCCAUCGACCGGUGUUGUCAUCACUCCCCUGACCCAUACGUACCUGGGUGAUGUGCUCGAUCACGCCGUCCUCAUCGUCGAGACGCUCCAGCAGCUGCGAACUCAGGCCGACGGUAUGAUCGACCUCAUAUUCAAUACAAUCUCAGCUUAUCAGAACGAGAGCCUGAAACAGUUGACGUUGAUGACUAUAAUAUUUCUCCCAUUGACCUUUAUCACUGGUUACUUUGGUAUGAAUUUUGAGCCUUUUGAGGUCCUGAAAUACGAUGUUCAGUAUUUUUGGAAAAUAGCCAUUCCCGCCGCUUUUGGGACCUGUCUAUUUGUGAUGAGAGACAUAAUCUGGGAAAGCCUCACAUCCCUCAAGAAUAGGCACCGGGUAAUCCGCCUGAAGAAAGACAAAAAACAGCGACGAAGACGGGCGAGAAGAAAGACAAAAGCCUCAUAGGACGUGACUGCUUCAACCUCUUCGGGCGACUACUUACUAUAAAAUGCUUGUAUGGUUACUUGCACGGAAAAGAAGAAAGACGCUGCCAUGUCUGUUGAAAGGGCCUCUGGAGGAGACGAUUCACAAAAGAUCAGAUAUUAUAGACUUUCACGGCCCAAUAAGAAUGGUAAGCAAGUCCCUGUUGUACAUUCAAUGGUCCCAUAUAAGUACAUGCCCUCCUUUAUAGUUCAAAGAGCCCACCUGGCUUUACUGGACAAUCUUGAAAAUCUGGCUCCCAUCAGUUGGGCAUGGUCCCGCCUCAAGCCUGCCAUUGCCUGGAAUAACACACAGUUUCCCGUUAUCGCUCCUAGGGGCGAACACAAAGGACGUCUCCGUUCCAUUAAAGGGGAAAGUCUGCCCCGAGUUCGUCUUACCCUCGCCAGCUGCCCUUCCGCCACAGCUAAACACUGUCACCGUGUCACCGGGUUGCCUCCUCGAGUCCGGGGACACGCAGCCGUUGGUCAGGCUACUGACCAGAAGCGCGGCGCCCUUUGCGUCGUUGUGCUUGCCAGCCGUGAUCAGAUCAAACUUUUCGUUGGGGGUACCGGAGCAGUCCACCAGAGAAACGGGAAUCAGGUUCUGUCGAAAGUCGCCGGCCGUGGGGUCCACAAACAGACACUUGCCGCUCGACGUCUGGAUGGAGACACUCGUGAAGGCUCGCGUCGCUGUGUCGUCCCGUUCAUUAGCCUCUGCGGCAGCGGUCGGGUUGAGGGUCCCACCUGCUCGCGAGACGGGCACGGCGGCCGUCGGGUUGGGGAUGGCCACGACGGCGUUGCCGCUCCCACUCCCAGUUCCCGGGGCAGCCGUCGGCGCCGCAGCGGGCUGCUCCGUCGCUGGGCGUUUGGUGGGGCUAGCCUUUGCUGUGCCAGUCUUGCUCUCGGCGGGCUUUGCUACCUCGCCGCUGCCAGCUUCGCCGUUGUUAUUGUUGUUGUCGGCCGCGGCGCCGCCCAGAGUGAACGUCUGACUGGCCUCGCCACUCUGGCAGGGUGCGACAUCAAUGACAUCUCCCUUUACCGUGAAGCACGUAUCUGGGGAGUUGUCGGGGCGGAACGUGAGCGGGCCCGCGCCACCGGCAAACGGAAACAGCUGCGAGUUGGUCACCUUGCCACUGCCGUCGGCGCGGCCGCCGCACGAAAACAGCAGAGCCUGGUUGCCCGCCUUGCGGCGAGGGUCAAAGUUGAAGCAGGCCUGCGUCAGGGUGCUGACGACGAGCGCCGACCCGGGCACGUUGUUGUGCAGCCCGCUGGUGAUGAUGUCCCAAUUCUGGCCGUCUGUGCUUCCGCAAUCGGAUACCUGGAUCGGGGUGAGGUUGGCGCGGAAGUCGCCCGAGAACUUGUCGACGGACAGGCACUUGCCGUCUGAUGUCUGCUCGUUUGAAUGCCCCAGCGUGUCAGCAAAAUUCCUUGCAACGCUGCGUUAUAUCUUAUUUUUUAUAGUCUCGUACCUUGAUCUGGACGCUGGAAAAGGCCCGGGUGGCGCCGUUGUCCCGCUGGUGCGCCUCGACCGUCGCCUCACCGUUCAGCGACGUCACUGCACGAGGCAAGUGUUUUAUGGUGGCGGCCGACGUUAGUGCGGCAUAAGCUGCGACUGCGGUGGAGAAGGUGAAGAGCAUGAUGGCUGAUGUUAUGUGAUGUAGGAAAAGAAAAGAAUGUGAAAGUGGCGGUUGGAGAAGAGGGAAAAAAUGAACGAAUGGUAAUCUGCUCUGCAGGGUGGUUGGUAAUGAAAGACUUGAAGGUAAAAAUGCUCAAAUGGCAAGAAUGAAAGGCCGUCGAGGCACAAGAAUAAGGAAUAGAGAAUGAAUGAAUGGAUCACGAGGGACUGCUGGCAAUGCGUGUGUAGCAAAAGAAAGGUUGUCAUGGAUCGAGGGUGAGGCUUUUGACGUAAAUAUACAUAUUUGAUAGUUGCGUACCUACUCCAGUCGACUUGACCUACGACGAUCUGCAACCGCUGUCAUUGAUCCUUCAUUUGCUAGACUAGCCCAGGCACCAGCCCAAUCAUAC